AUGAAGAAACUGAAGAUGGAUUGGAAUGAAGCAGUGGAACCGAGACUUAGUGGAUCGAAUGAGCUUGAUGAGUUUCACCUAAAAGCAUAUGAUAUUUCAUCCCUCUACGAAGAGAAGAUGAAGAAUUACCAUGACCAAAAGAUUGAGAAGCGUGAAUUUGUAGUUUGGGAUUUUGUGCUUUUGUUUAACUUUAGGCUGCGCUUGUUUCAAGGCAAACUCAAGUCCAAAUACACUGGUCCAUUCUUGAUCACUAAAAUGUUCCCACAUGAAGCAGUUGAGUUGGAGAUAAAGGAGGGUGCAAGUUUCACGGUAAAUGGGCAAAGAAUCAAGAUGUACCUUGGGCAUGCAGAGAGUGCCCAUGAAGUGGUUGAGGCAUCUGACGUUUAUGAAGUCUGA